ACGACCGGCAAGCGAGUGUCUGACGGGUUAACUCGGGUUUAACCUCUAGGUUAAACAGCAAACACGUUUCCAACACGCCCAGCUCAGAGUGUUCGAAUCUGGUCACACUUCUGUAACGGCGUGACGUGAUCAAGCCACACACGGCAGUGCCUGGUGAGUGUGCUCUGACAACCAACCAGAGAAGUUUCGCCCGGCCUCGGUGCUCCGCAAGUCGGCAGCUCGGAGCGUGGACUGCACCGCGUAACUCAUUUCCUUCUUUUACUCUCUCAGAGCGUCCGUCCCUCGUCGCUUUGUCUAAUGAGUUUCAAGUUUUCCACUAGAAAAAUUCAUCUGAAGAAGAUGCUUUGGCUGCUUUUAGCUGUUGCUCUGCUGGGCCUCUUAAUAUUCUGUUACAAUUAUGUAGGCAGAGACUUGCAGAAAACUUGGCUAGUAGAACCUCUCUUGAGUACCUCUUCACUUGUGUGGAAUAGAAAGAAUGCCAAGUGCUUGCAGUCAAAGAUUGAGAUAAAUUGCACGGAAAUCUACAAUUACAACCCAGUAGAGGUGGGAAAAACAUUGGAAAUACGCAAGGGUAGCAUUGUUGAUUUGGAAGAUGAAGAUGUGGAGUUGAUGACAUCAAAUUGUAUCCAAUACCUUCACCAUAGAAGAUACCAUUAUAAUUUGACCUCAGAGGAGGAGCAGGAGUAUCCCUUGGCAUUUUCUCUGGUUGUUCAUAAAGAUGCCAUUAUGGUGGAAAGGUUGCUGAAAAUGAUUUAUGUGCCCCAAAAUAUAUAUUGCAUUCAUUAUGACCAGAAAUCCUCAAAAUCUUUCAAAAUUGCCAUGGAUAAUUUAGCCAGGUGUUUACCAAACGUCUUCAUUGCAACCAAGAUAGAGUUGGUGUACUACACUCAUAUCUCCAGGCUCCAAGCAGAUCUCAAUUGCUUAUCGGAUCUUCUCAACUCCUCUGUCCGGUGGAAGUAUGUUAUCAAUUUGUGUGGCCAAGAUUUGCCAUUGCGAUCCAACUUAGAACUAGUAUCUGAACUGAAGAAGCUGAAUGGGGCGAACAUGUUGGAGUCGAUGAAACCCACUGCCACUAAGCAAGAGCGAUUUACAUUUCACUAUGAGUUUCAAAAUACCUUAGAUGAGUUUGGAGGCAAUCUAAUUCAAACAGACAUCAAGAAGGAUCCUGCCCCCCAUGGCAUUGAAAUGUUCACUGGCAGUGCCUACUUUGUCUUAAGUUAUGACUUUGUCAAAUACAUUAAUAACAGCAUAGUAGCCAAGGAUUUCCUUGCAUGGUCUGCAGAUACAUACUCACCGGAUGAGCACUUCUGGGCGAGUAUGGUACGAGUGCCGGGAGUACCAGGUGAGCUCCCCAGGUCCGGAGCUGAAGUGACUGAUAUACAAAGUAAGACGCGGCUGGUGAAGUGGAGCUACCUCGAGGAGAUGUUAUACCCACCUUGCACUGGAACUCACCGCCGCAGCACCUGCAUCUAUGGUUCUGCUGAGCUCAGGUGGCUCCUUCAGAGUGGCCAUUGGUUUGCUAACAAAUUUGAUUCUAAAGUAGACCCUGUUUUAAUAAAAUGCUUGGAACUAAAGAUUGUGGAACGCCAGAGAGAUUGGCUAGGAUUGACUCCUCAAAAGUUCUCUGUUUAUAAUAUUGAUGGAAACUUUUGGAGUUGAAGAAGUAUCACAUUUUGCAUUGGAAAUUUUGAUCAAGCUUCAAAGCUAAACAGAAAAUCAAGCAAUGUUCUCUCCCGUUUUGUGUUGAAAGUUUUAACCACUAACAAUGCAGAGAGUAAGAUAAGAAUACAAGUGCCUAUAGAACUUGAACUGAAGUAUAUAGUCAAGUGACACCAUUUGUCAAAGAGGAUAUAAGGGAUUUUAUUCCUUAGACUGUAGGAGACCGAGAUCUGAUCCUAUGGAGGUGGAGAAAAUCAUAAUGGUCCUAGAGGCUUUUUUUCCCGAGUUGGGGAAUCAGACAGACAGACAGACAUACUUUAUUGAUCCCGAGGGAAAUUGGGUUUUGUUACAGUCGCACCAACCAAGAAUAGUGUAGAAAUAUAGCAAUAUAAAACUAUAAAUAAUUAAAUAAUAAUAGGUAAAUUAUGCCAAGUGGAAAUAGGAUUCAAGAACGAGAGGGCAUAGGUUUAGAGAGAAAGGGGAAAAAUUUAAUAGGAACUCGAGGAGCAACUUUUUUCACGGAGGAUGGUAUCUAUGUGGAAUAAGCUGCUGGAGGAAGUUGCUGAGACAAGUACAAGAACAACAUUUAAAAGAAAGUUGAACAGGUACAUGGAUUGGAAAGAUGCUAAAGGUUUUGGGCUAACUUGGCUGGAAUGGACUGACUGGUCCAAGGGCCCAGCUUCAGUGCUGUAUAACUCUAUGACUCAGAGGAAAUUUACAGAGGACAGUGCACUUACUAAUACUUUUAUUGCAAUGUGAGAGGAAAUCUUAAAUGUCUCUUUUGCUUCCUAGAAAUAAAAGAGAGAUUAAAGAUUAGCUCUAUUUGUCACAUGUAUAUCGAAACAUUGAAGGUUUACCUCAGAUCAAAUCAGUGAGGAUUAUACUGGGCAAAUAUCACCCCACAUCCAGUAUCAACAUUUCAUUCCCAUAACUCACCAACCCUAGCAUGAGCUCGAUGUCUCUGGAAUGUGGGAGGAAACCGAAGCAUCUGAAGGGAACACGUAUGGUCACUGGGAGAACGUACAGACAGUGGUGGGAAUUGAUCUCACAGCUGGGUGCUGUGAAACUUCACACUGACUGCUGCUCUGCUGUGCUGCCCAAAUACAGGCACAGGGAAACCAUGCAAACUCCAUACAGACAUCACGCAAAGUCAAGUUCAAACCCAGGUCUCCGGUGAUGUGAGGCAACAAUGCUAACUGCUGCACCAUCAUGCCAGCUGCAUUCUUUAAUGCAAUAUUAGCUUGGAGGCAUUUGUCUUUCCCAUAGCUUUAGCCCAUUGCACAAACCUUGCCGAUGGCUGACAUUAAGUUUAUCCGAUAUAUUUGCAUUGCUCUCAUCUCUAAGAAGUGUAAAUUGUCCAACAUUCUCUUGGAUGGUAAGUGGGCCUGAGUAUUGGUUUGCUAGUAUGUGUGGUUUAUUUUCAUUCAAGUUUAUAUUCAUUAAGGCUGUUACAGCCAGGUAUUAUCCAAAGAGGGGUUACCGGUGUCUAGGGAAAUUGUGGCUCAUCAUCUGUCGUUGGCAGCUCAUCAAGAAGAAGGAGAACUAAUCUCAAACCUCCGCUGCCUUGCAGCUUAACCCACUCACUGGGAAGGCUUUGGGAGUAAACCCCAAGGAAAAAUCCAGAUCUGGAGUCCCUAAAGCAGUCCUGUGUUGAGUUCAACUCUGACUAGCAACUCCUGCGACACUGCUGGUGCCAAACUGUGUCGGUCUUUGCCGUUCCUUCAGAUUCAUCAGAUGUGCGGGGUGGAGGAGGACCUGCUGCAUGGGCCACAGCUUUCUCUCCAUAUCAUCCUGCCUUGACUCGUGUAUCAUGUAAACAGCUGGGAAGCAACAUCCAUGGUUGACUUCAACCAAUGAAGGGCCUCAAUGUAUUUCCUCCAAACCUGAAUUUGUGGUAUCACAGGGAGAUAUAUCGAAAUCUCUCUUCUGUUGCCAAUUUGGAAUUGUUCUAAUUUUGCUUCAAGUGUCUUUUGGUUCACUGCACCAAACAUCUUGUUCAGUAAUAAUAAAUUAUCUCACUGGGGGUUGUCCCAAGGGACUUUAUUUGAGAACUGGAAUAGAGCCAUCACGAGCAAGGCAUUUUUGAGAAUGAGCACAAUAUCAUUCUAUGCCCUGCUUCUAGAAGUACUAUUUUCAGUUUGGGAAUAAUCCGUAUUAAUACUAGAUGUAAAAAAUAUAAAAUUAGUAAUUGCAAAAUUCACCCCAUAAAUUUAAUGUGUAUCUGUGCUUCAUAUAUUUACUUAUUGGGACCUGCUCACUGGCUGGGCCAGUGUUUAUUACCUAUACCUAAUUGCUGUUGAUGGUGGUACCAGUACUGCUAUUGAGGAUUUUGAACCAGCAGUGAUGAAAAACUGGUGAUAUCCUUCCAGGUUAGGUUUGUGUGCAGCCUUGAGGUGAACCUGCAGACAAUAGUACUCCAAUGGUCGUGAUGAUCGUGGAAGUUUUGUCAUCCUUGGUGGCAGAGAUGAUACCAAAGAAGCUUAGAUCAGUAACCUUCAUUUAUUCAGUUGUGGUUAUCUGGGUAUCAUUGGAAUAUCUCCAACAUAUUGUGAAUUCUGUAGUUGAUACAUCCACACUGUGUAUUGGUUGUGGAAGGAAUGAAUGUCUGGGAUGGUGAAUAAGUUGCCAAAGUCCAUUCUGCUUUGUCCUGGGUGGCAUCAAGCUUCAGUAUUGAUGGAAAUGUACUCACCCAGGGAAAUGGAGAGAAUUCUGACAGUAUCUGUACUACUGGAAGAGAUUUAUGGUGUCUGGAGUUGGGUCAUUUUCCUCUAGAUACCCAGCUUCACACAGGACUUCUGUAACAUAUCCCAUUGGGUAUCUAGUUAGUGGUGACCUAUAUGAUGUUAAGGUCUGGGACUAUUCUCACAACCUAUGGACUCUCUUUCAAGGACUCUUCACUCAUGUUCUUGAUAUUUAUUGCUUAUUUAUUCAUUGUUAUUAUUUCUUUUUGUUUGCUUUGUAUUUGCACUAUUUGUUGUUAUUUGUACAUUGGUUGUUUUUCUAUUAUGUUGGGUGUGGAAUUCCAUUGAUUCUGUUAUGGAUUUUGGAUUUAUUGGGUAUGCCUGCAAAGAAACAAAUCUCAGCUUUGUAUAUGGCGAUAUAUUGUAUAUAUAAACUUUGAAUUUUUGAACUUU